GUUGUCGGCUCACCGAACUUAUUACUCGUUGAGAAUCAUUAUAUCAAAAAAUAUGAUUAAUUUUGAGGCGACGGAGCUGAGGUUAGGGCUGCCGGGUGGUAAUCAUGGAGGGGAAAUGGUCGGAAAAAAUAAUGGCAAAAGAGGAUUUUCGGAGACGGUUGAUCUCAAACUGAAUCUUUCAUCGACGGUUAUGGAUUCAGUUUCCAAAGUCGAUUUAGAGAAUAUGAAGGAGAAGGUCGUAAAACCACCAGCCAAGGCACAAGUUGUGGGAUGGCCACCGGUACGAUCUUUCCGCAAGAACGUCAUGUCCGGCCAAAAACCGACCACCGGAGAUGCCACCGAAGGAAACGAUAAGACUUCUGGUAGCAGUGGAGCCACCUCAUCCGCAUCCGGGUGUGCGGCCGUGGCUUACGUGAAGGUUAGCAUGGACGGCGCACCGUACCUACGGAAAAUUGACUUGAAACUCUACAAAACUUACCAAGAUCUCUCCGACGCCUUAAGCAAAAUGUUUAGCUCUUUUACCAUAGGCAACUAUGGACCACAAGGAAUGAAAGAUUUCAUGAAUGAGAGUAAAUUGAUCGAUCUUCUAAACGGAUCAGAUUAUGUUCCAACAUAUGAAGAUAAAGAUGGCGACUGGAUGCUUGUAGGAGACGUACCGUGGGAGAUGUUUGUCGAUUCAUGCAAACGUAUACGAAUAAUGAAGGGAUCAGAAGCAAUCGGACUUGCUCCCAGGGCAUUAGAAAAGUGCAAGAACAGAAGUUGAGUUCUCGACGACAUUUCUUGUUCUUACCUAAAAAGGAAGAAAGACUGUUUCGAUCG